AGAAGAUGAAGCUGUCACCCAAAGCCGCACUGGUAUGGCGUUUUAAUUCAAAACACCGAACCCCGUACCGAAUCGACUACAGAGCGACUCAACUCAAUCGUGGCCGUGAGCGCGUCGAAACCGCACGGCUGCUGCGCGCGCUCCUUAUCAGUCAACAAACUUACGCGUUCGAAAACAAACGUUUUUCAGUGAUGUUUCUCGAGUGACGUUUUGUGAUUAUACAGUGUGAAAAGAAAACUGGAAUUGUGCGCUUACCAAUCAGGCUAGGCGAGCCAUGUGACAGCGUCGGAGCAAAACUAAGAUUUGGUGAUGUGGUUGCUGGCCGCUGUGUUGACGAUGGCGGCGGCGGUGGCGGGCGCGCUACAAUGCCAGGAAGCCCAGCUGCGGUGCGCGUACCGCAGCGGAUGCGGCGCGGCCCUACAGAACUACGAGAUGAUGUGCAGCGACGUACUCACCGAACCCGGGUCCAAGUGCACUAAGGCCUGCGAGUACGCUCUCAUAGCUCUCACAUCUACAGAGGAAGGGAAGGCGUUGAUGAAUUGUAAAUGUGGAGAAGAGUAUUGCGAGCAUGCGAGGAGGCGGAUAGACGUGUGUCGGCCUCAAGUGCUAAAGGGGGCGGCUAACGUGACGUCAUCUUGUCGUCUGUCGCAGUUGGUGUGCAUGGCCGAUGCGCAGUGCGCUGCAGCCUUAGGCUACUACAAGCAGCUCUGCAAGUCCAUGUUCAAAGGGAGGAAAUGCUCGAACCGAUGUCGGAACUCCAUAGAGAUUCUGAUGAAGCAGGAGAAGGCGGCGCCUCUCACCGCCUGCCAGUGCGACGGCAUGGAGGACUACGACUGUCCGCGGAUGCAGAGCAACCUCGACAGGCUUUGCUUCCGGAAACCGCACGAGACCCACACGAAGAAUCAUAAUCACAAAAAGCAUCAUAAAGAAACUGAAAAUGAAGUGCAUCACGGUGCAGCGAGUUUCAGUGCGGGUACUUGGUUUUCAGUGUGUUUAGCCCUUGUUUUAACGUUCAGUGUAAGAUAGGUGUGCGUUUUGUUAAAAUAUUCUAAAGGGUGCCGUCUAUAAUGCAGUAAAAGAAAAAGUGAUGGGUAUUUUGAACAAUGUUAAUCAUAAUCUUGCUAUUUUCUUUCGAGGCUAAUAAUUCCGCUAACUACAGUAAUAUAUACAAAAACUACUUUAUAAGAGUGUAAGUAUAUAAAAAGUAUGUGUAAGUUUUUAUUUGUAAAUAUGUAAAUUAUUCAGUAUUUCCAUACUAUUAAUAAGCUAAGGUGUUUGUUUUAAGUGAGAUCUUAAUAAUGUAAGUACGUAGGCACAGAAAACUUUGCGAUGUUUUCCUUUCUCCGCAGAAAGUGCUAAGGAAAAAGUUAAGUUGGUAGUUUCGAAUUUCUGUAAAAAGGUUCGUUUUUUUCGUGUUCAGCAUAAUGACUUUGAGGCAUGUAAAAUGUAGAAAAAUUAUCAUAGGUCGUACAUUGUCGAUGCAAUAGAAUGGUAUCGAGUUAGUUUUACGCAAGUGUAGGUUAAAUGUAGUGAUACGGCGGGCGUCCGCCCACGAUGCGCCUGCGCUGCCUCCUAAGGGUUGCCAGAUCAAGAAAUCUUAACAUGACAUGGAUAAAAUUUUAAAAUGUCCGGAUUUUGGAAUAGUUGUUGGGAUAAUUACCCUCCUUUCUUACCUCGCCGGACGCCUCCUGUAAAUGCCAAAAGUAAAUGAGGUAAACGCGGUCAAUGCACGAGCCCCAUGUCUCAUGUAAUACCAAUUUCAAAUUAUAUUGUCGCACAAAGUAAACGAUAAAUGUAUUGUCAUGCGCAUGUGUUUAUAUAUGGUUUUUGUUGGGAGUCUGAACAUUACAAGAAUUCUCAGUUAAUACUAUAAAUGUGAAAGUUGUAAGCUUUUUACUCAAUCACGCCUAAACGUACUAAUGUAUUUGGAUGAAAUUUGGUACACAUAUUAUAAUAAUAUUUAGUUUAUUACUACAUACACACAUAUACAUUUAUCCCGAAAAAAAUGUUAGGUCCAUUAAGAUUCUCAAAACACUAACAUAAUGCGAGAGUAGUCGCGGGCGGCCGUUAAUGUGAAGGGAGAAUCCAACCAAUUCCUAUCUUUCAACCCUACGCCUCCUCCUCCGCCGCUAUAAAUACGGCGGCGCCGGUGGUCCGGUGACAAAUGCUGCGCGCGCGCCGACUGACUGAUCUAUCGCCCGCCCCUUACCCUACCCGAUACAGUUCCCUUAGCACGAACCAAUAUCGAAUUCGGUCCGUUUGUGAGUACGAAAUGUCAAUGCCAAAAUUUGUAUGAAAAUUUGCCCAGCACGCUACUUUGGACGUAACGAGAACUGAAAAUCAGUAUACAUUUAACGUAUCUCUAGAUUGAAAUCAACUAUUUGAAUUCGAUAUUGGUUUUUGCUAAGGUUCGUCAACUCUUCCAUCCCUACUAGCUUACUACUACAUACUUCGACAAGCUAUAUGAAUGAGAAUCCUCGUACUGGCCAUCCUAUAUGACACUUAGGUAUACAAAAAUAAAAAAAUAACAAAAGUGGUACUCUACAAUAAUGAAAUAAAGUUAAUGAUUCGCACUUUAUACCCAACCAAUAAGUGUUCUAUUAAAUUAAUUAGGUCACAAUACAAUUUUUAUUGAAAAAUAUAUUAUUAUGGGUACCUGCUCUUUCAUUUUCCGUAUGCAACUUUUAGUCAUGGAAUAAUUUUAUUUCAAUUUUUUAUUAUAAUUUUAUCGUAAAUUUCAUUUUAACACCAAAUGGCAACAAGAACAGCCAAUUGCAAAACGUCGAUAACAGUUCUAUAGAUCCUAUUGUUUUAAGACGAUUAGAAUUUAUCAAACGCAAAAUGAAAAUAAACACCCGCAAAAUACCAGCAGAAAUACUGUUUACAAAAAAGCACUGAAAUAGUUCAAAAUAUUGCCAGUCAGGGAUUAUGUAUGUAGGUAACGCCCAUAAUCGGGCUGGCAUUAAUCGGCACAGCCGAGCGUUAAAAUCGAAUAUGUGUAGAUGAAUGUUCGGCAGUAAUUACUAUGGGUCGGCUUUGUUGUUUCACAAAUACUGCCGACCCGACUAUGCCGGGCCGAUUAUUUGUGUAGCUACCCUUAAUUUCCACGCACCUCGUAGAUUCUACGAUUUCACCAGACGCGACGUAUUCACAAAUUACUGUUAGUAUUGUUAGGAACAUUAUUGACUAUACCCUACUAGGAUGCGAUGCGAAAGUUGUGUUUGGAAGAAAAGAUAAUUUUGAAAGUUUUUCUUUUUAUGAAAUGUUUUUUUGAAUUAUGAUAUUAGUAGGAAUCAAUUAUGCAGUUUCAGAACAAGGAAAUGGAUUUUACUAAUGACAUAGUGGCUAAUUCCGUACGGACUAAUAGCCAAAGCCGUCGCAGCGUUGGCUCUGACGCGCGACAAACUUAUUACACGUCAACCUGUCGGGUCGUUUUGUUCCUCGCGACAUCCGCCCAGAACAUGCGGCUGCCCAAAAAUAAAACACAGUAAGCCACAUUUGGAAAAAAUUACGGGACCAGCAGAAAUGAUUUUGCCUGUCUUUAGCAUAUUUAAACGUAGUGUAAUGAAGUGUUAUAUAUCAAUCAAAGCGUAAUUUAUGGACUGUUUUUUUGUAUUUUUAUUUUUUUACAUAACUUAUUUAAAACGCUUUAGCGUUAAAAAGAAUACUAAAUAUAUAAAUUUUUGACUCAGUAUGGAGCAAAUCCUUGUUCUUUCUGAUUAGUACUGGACUGAAAACUAACACAAAACACAGUAUCUCUUGUUCUAAUCGUAUAAUAAUAAGUUAAGGAAACAAAUUUGAUUUGAAUUAAAUUAUAAAAAACUAGUGGGGUCCCUUAUGAGGUUAUUUAUAGGAUAAAAUGUCCUAUACCGUGUCUCAAACUAUCUCUAUACCAAAUUUCAGUAGUUUAGUAGAAUGCAGUAUGUGCCGGUUCGAAACAAAAACAAGUGGUCGCGACAUAUUACAUGGCAAAUUACUUAACGCGGGUUUCCGUUCGCAUUUCUUAUGAAUUACAUAUGUGAAUGUGACUAUGUAACGGUGCCACAAUUUCGGCGGUUAAACCAAAACCAAAACCAAGUAUGUUACAGGAACAAAAUCAAAACCUAGUUAAACCCCCGAAACACCCAUGUCUCUUUCUGUGUUUUGAUUUAGUUUCUGAGACAAACUGGGUUUUGAUGUGGUUUUUAGUGCUAUUUUGUAUCGUACUAGGUUAAAACUUCUUAAAAUAAUUCAGGCUCAAGGCGACUACGAGGACCAGAUCAUUUUGUAGAGCGUAACAAGGAGUAUCAGGACAAGUAAAUUUUAUUCUCUGAGUUGGGCCUUACUGUGUAUUGGUUUUGGGCAGCCGCACGGUUCACGCUCCUUAAAUGUUCCACUCCAUUAAUUAAUAGUUCUUCAUUCGACAUGUGUUUUCGUGGCGCGCUUAUUAGUGUACAUUUUUAAUUUCGGCCCGCAGUUCAGUAUAGACAGUUUUUGAUGAUCAUAGAUUAGUUUUACACAAAAUAUUGUGUUGUUUCAAUUGUUAAAAGACACUAUGAACUUUAAUAUUAUUUAAGACGAUUAAAGAAUACAAAGCUUACGAAGCUACAGCAUUAUUAUACAAUGGAAUACUAAUAAAAUUGUGUGACUCGAUUUCACACGAGGAUUUCUUGAGUAGCAGUAACCAAUGCUAGAACCAAUACAUGAAAGUACUUUACAUUUUAUUAAGAAUAAAUUAAGCAUUCAUACAAACGAUAGCACAAACAUAACAUAAACAUGACUGUCCCUAGGCCGUUUGUUCGUUAAUGUUUUCCAACAUAUCUCGGCCUGUUUGAGGCGGCGGCGGGCGGCGCGGCGUAAUGAAGAGGUUCCAUUCCCUGCCUUGCCGAGACCGGUUUAUGUUCUGGCGCUGCGUAGUGCAAUUGCAUCGAGAACAGCUUUCGCGAACCAGAGCAAAGCUCGUAACUGUAGAUAAUUAUCGUUAAUCUUGUGGUUUAAUAUAUUUAAAUAAAGUUCGCACUAUUAUUCGAAUAAUGGUUAAAAUUUUAUUAAACUCUACUAAAAACUCGUAAUCUACUCGUCUAAAAAGUUUGUUUUUAUAACAAUACCUAUAAAGUCUGGUAUUUCCAUUAGAUAAUUUCAUUUCAAAUUGAAUUAAGCAAAGUACAAAUUAUGUAGUUGGCUACAUUUUAUAAAAGUCACCGAGGCAUCCUGAGACUAUUUCAUGUAAUUAUAAGCAGAAAAAACAAGAGCUAAAAUACAAACGAAUAGCUUACUUUUCUACAAACAUUUACAAUAGGGAAGAUGCAUAUAUAAUAUUUAUGAAAAUUUUAUGAUUAAAAUGUUAAAAAAAUAUAAAAGAAAUGCCACUGCAACGUUUUUAUUUUACAUAAUGUUGUUUUUUAACAAUUAUUACGAAUUUAAAAUACUUGAAACAGAACGUAUUUUAAAACACAAAUCAGCGUUUAGUGACGUCACUCCUGUUAUGACAACUUCUUUGAGGUUAUGGUUGUUAAAGUAAAUAUUAUUUUAUGGGAAUAUUAAUUGCGUUUUUUACAUUUAAUAAAAAUGGAAGUUGCGUUUAUCAAAGCAGACUCCAGGAAUUUACCAAGAGUUAGUGUUGACAUGGUUAUAACUUUUUUUGUUCAAAGUGCAGAGUUUUUAAGUGUAGAAAUGAAAGGGACUAAAUUACUACGGUAUGUAAAAAUCGUAGUUGUUAAACUUCGUAUUUUAUUCAGCGGCUUCUACAAAUCUUACGGCGAUAAUGCAAUCGGCUAUGUCCAAAUUAAAAGAGAUGGAGAAUUAUGUACAGUAAAAGGUCGAGUUCUCCGGAGCAUAAAGUACGUAAAGAAGGUUAUCGUGUUACAGUUAUUUUAAAUGAAACGCAAAGCUUGGUUCAGUCCUGCCAAUGUGAAGAUUGUGCCACACAUUUUAAAGUUUAUCUAAUUUUCGACGUCAUUCUCCAACUGUAAAAUUAAAAAUAUGUUAUAGACAGGUUUUGUAAGUAUUAGGUAGGUUACUAAUGCGUUUUUACGUACAAGCAGAUUAAUUAAGCAUAUAACAAGUAUAUUCGCCGACUUACGUCAAAGUGAUCUUCACAGCAUCGAAUAAUGGUCUUUGGAGAAUAAUUGUCAUUUCUCUUCGCAGCUUCAAACCACUUUUUUUUUCAGUUUUGGGUCAGAAGUUCCAGUCAAAAACAAUUUGUUUGGAAACUUUGUUGAAGUAGAUUGGCACAAAACAUGAGUCAACACGCUUUUUUUCGGAAUAUUAGUGGUAUUGUUAUGAUCACAUGAUGUUGAUGGAUAGUCCAUUUUAAUUUUUUCAAAAAAAUAUUUCGAAAGUCGAUAAAAUAUGCAAAAGUAUGAAAAUUUAAAGCCAGCGACGAACAAGUACGACCAGUGACAGACAGGAGUGACGUCAUCGCAACCAUAGGUUCGUUUUCGCGCGAAAAUUUAAAUUGUCA